AUUUUUUUCCGCUGUCGCUGACUGGCCAGAGCAGUUUAUCCUUCCGUUUCCGGCGAGUGCGAGUGGGCACAUCCUGUACAAGUUGUCAUGGCGAUGCCCUUGUGCUUUCGGGGACUGCUCCCCGCCUCUCUCCGGGCUCUGCGUCUCCACCGGGCUCCUCGCUUUGUGCCCACUAUCCGUCCUGCCUCCACCGUCUCAGCCCUGACAAGCAGCGGGCCCACUGCCGCCCAUGGGGACCACGAGGAGGUCAACGUGUAUGAGAAGAACCCAGACUGGCACGGAUACCAUGAAGACCCGGUGGUGGACGUGUGGAACAUGCGGCUGGUGUUUUUCUUUGGUUUCUCUGUGUGUAUAGUGCUGGGCUCUGUCUUUGUCUAUUACCAGCCUGACCACGGGAUGCGUCAGUGGGCUCGCAGGGAAGCAGAGAGGAAACUGGUACAGAGGGAAGCCCUGGGCCUGCCGGCUAUUGACCCAAACUAUUAUGACCCAGAGAAGAUUGUUUUGCCCUCUGAAGAAAAGUGAUUGCCCCCACCCUGUGCCUCGGCUCUGAACUAAUAAAGUGUGUGAAAGACAAAA